AUGGACCCGUUCUGGACGGAUCGAAACUUCGUCAUCUCAUCUUCUAGUUUGGUUAAAAUUAAACAAUUCCUGGACUUACGGGAACAUUGCUUUCAUAUCAACUUGGAGAUGACAACUAAAGUAAUGAUUCGUACUGGUGAUAAGCCCCACAAGUGUCCCGAGUGCCGAGCAAAAUUCAAGGACCUUAGCACUUUGACAUGGCACAUGUUUGUACAUUCUAAUGAUAAUCCAAACAAGUGUCCCAAGUGCGAGAAGAAAUUCAAGGACUCUACAGGUUUGAGAUUGCACGUGGUAGUACAUUCAGAUGAUAGGCCUCACGAGUGUCCUGAGUGUGAGAGAAAAUUUAAACACGUUUCAACUUUGAGACAUCACCUGUUAGUACAUUCAGAAGAUAAGCCUCACGAGUGUCCUGAGUGUGAGAAGAGGUUCAAGGACCCUAGAAUUUUGAAAUAUCACCUGUUAAUACAUUCAGAUGAUAGGCCUCACGAGUGUCCUGAGUGUGAGAAAAGGUUCAAGGACCCUAGAAAUUUGACAAAUCACGUGAAAAAUCAACAUUCAGAUUAUAGGCCUUACGAGUGUCCGAAAAAAUUCUGUUACUCUGUGAGUUCGAAACAACAUCUUCCAAAACAUUCCAAUGAUAAUCCUCACGAGUGUCCUGAGUGUAUGAAAAGAUUCAAGUACCCUAAAAAUUUGUAA